AUGAAGCAAUUGGAGCAACAAAAUGAAAAACUGCGUGAAGCUCUUGUGAAGAUGCGUGACAUGACUGGUCAGUCGGCGCUGGAGAAACAGGAGGCGAUGAAGGAGAAUGAAGAGCUGAAGAAUGAAAUGGCUCAGUUGGUGAAAUUGUGUGAAAAAAUGAAGAAUGACGCUGAAUUGGCUGAGCAACAGGCCAACGAACUU